ACACUCUUUACUUUUCCGUGUUCUGUCCUUUUUACAGUUGACGAGUCAUAUAUACAUACAGUGUCAGAGCCGACACGACACAACACAACACAACACAAUUCUAUAUUGCCAAUACCCCACUUCAAAGAUUGCACCUUCGUGUCUUGCAGAUUGAGAAAAAUGAGGUAGAAUGCAAGUUUUGCAGCUGCUGGGGGUUCUCUUAUCACCAUCACAGCUGCUCAUAGAUUUCAUCCUUCUGGGGUGUGCUCGAUCCCAACUGGUCCCAAGCUUGACACUUUUUAUGGUUUUCUGGACACCCAUUUACUUGGUUUGAUUGAAUUUUGCUCCUUUAGGUGGUAGUUGAUCAAGUUCAUUGACUUGUCGCCCCCAAUAUAAAUUUUCUGAACUGCUGAAAUAAGAAGUUCCCUUCAGUGAUCAGGUGGAACUGUGUACAAUUUGGCAGGUACAAGAAAUGGUGAAACAGUCCUGAAGAGUCUCAAAUUACAAAGACACUGCUCGUGGAAAUCAACGAUCUUAUAGUCUUGCCUAGAUCCAAUAUCAGGCUUUUGCCAAAUUGAAACUAGCAGUGUUGUUCUUUGCUGGAGUCAUGGCGACCUUGUCUCAUUCCGAGUCCCGGCGCUCCUAUUCUUGGUGGUGGGAUAGCCACAUUAGCCCAAAAAACUCAAAAUGGCUUCAGGAAAACCUCACAGACAUAGAUGCCAAAGUCAAAUCAAUGAUCAAGCUCAUUGACGAGGAAGCAGAUUCAUUUGCAAGAAGAGCAGAAAUGUACUACAAGAAGCGCCCAGAGCUCAUGAAGUUAGUGGAGGAGUUUUACCGAGCAUACCGUGCUUUAGCAGAGAGAUACGAUCAUGCAAUGGGGGAGCUACGCCAUGCGCAUAAAACCAUGGCAGAAGCAUUUCCCAACCAAGAACAUUACAUGAUGACUGAUGAUUCACUCUGUGUUGAAUCACACACACCAGGAGUGCCUUAUUCCGAGUCUGAGCUUUCAGGGAAAGCAGAUAGCGAAGUUCUAACCUUAAGAAUAGCCCUGGCCAAAAUACAGUCUGACAAGGAUGCUAUCUUUCUUCAGUAUCAGAAGAGUUUGGAGAAGUUAUCUGAAAUGGAAAGUGAUCUUAACAAGGUACAAAAAGAUGCUGGAGGCCUUGAUGAAAGAGCAAGUAAAGCUGAAAUUGAGACUAAAGUAUUGAAGGAAGCACUGGCACAGCUAAAAGCUGAGAAGGAUGCUGGUCAAAUUCAGUACAACCAGUGUUUAGAAAGUAUAGCUAAACUGGAGAAUAUGUUAUCUCUGGCACAGCUUGAUUCCAAGGCACUUGAUGAGAGAGCUUCUAAGGCUGAAAUUGAAGCUCAAAAUCUACAGCAAGAACUUGGCCAGUUGGAAGCACAGAAGGAUGCUGGUCUUCUUAGAUAUAAGCAGUGUCUUGAAAAGAUUUCGGUUUUGGAGGCCAAGAUAACCCUUUCAGAGGAGAAUUCCAGGAUGUUAAAUGAGCAACUUGAAGGAGCAGAACUGGAAGUUAAAGCACUGAGAAAAAAUCUUGCUGAUCUGAAUGAAGAGAAGGAAUCUUUAGCUGUCCUUUACCAUCAAUGCUUGGAGAAAAUAUCUAAAAUGGAGAAUGAAAUCCUGCGUGCCCAAGAAAAUUCUGAGAAGUUAAAUAGAGAGAUUGAGAAAGGGGCUGAAAAACUCGAGACUGCUGAAAAACAUUGUGAUAGGUUGGAGAAAUCAAAUCAAUCUCUUCAGCUAGAGGCUGAAAAUCUGGCACAGAAGAUAGCUAUGAAGGAUCAAGCCCUUUUAGAGAAGCAUUCUGAGAUAGAGAGGCUUCAGACUCUAAUGCAUGAAGAGCACUCUCACUUUCUUGAAAUUGAGUCCACUCUACAGACUCUGCAGAAGUUGUACUCUAAGUCACAACAGGAGCAAGGAACUCUUGUUAUGGAGCUUAAAUAUGGGCUUCAGUUGUUGAAGAACUUGGACCUUUCCAAACAAGGUUUUAAGGAAGAAAUGCAAGAGAAUGAGGAAGAAAACAGGAUUCUGAAUGAUCUUACUUUCUCUUCCACUAGGUCAUUAUUAAGAAGACAGCAAAUGGAAAUCUCUAAACUAAAGGAGAUCAAAGAGAAGCUCGAACGAGAGUUUGCUGUAAACGCUGAAGAAAACAAUGCCCUCCAGCAGGAAGCUCAUCAAAUAAAGAAUGAUAUCCAGCACUUGAAUAACAGAUAUCACACUAUGCUGGAAGAGAUACAGACUCUAGGUUUGGAACCUAAAUGUUUUGCAGCAUCUGUGAAAGAUUUACAACAUGAGAACUCUAAGCUAAAGGAGGUUUGCAAAAUGGAACACAAUGAGAAAGAAGCUCUUCGUGAAAAGUCAAAGGGUAUGGAUGAACUUUUGAUAGAAAAUGCCUUUAUGGAAUUUUCCCUAUCAAGAUUAAAUGAUGAGAUAGAUGAAUUAAAUGCAACAGUGAGGAAAUUUCAGGAGUCCUGUCAAGUUCUCCAGGAAGAAAAAUCUACUCUAGUUGAUGAGAAAUCAGCUCUACUUUCUCAGUUACAAAUUGUCACUGAAAGUAUGCAGAAGCUAUUGGAGAAGAAUGCCUUGCUGGAGAAGUCCCUCUCUGAUGCGAAGAUUGAACUUGAAGAUUUGAAGGCUAAAUCAACAGACAUAGAAGAAUUCUGCAAGUUGCUAAAUGAUGAAAAGUACAAUCUUCUAAAUGAAAGAAGCAUCCUGGUAUCUCAGUUGGAAAGCGUCGAGGCUAAACUAAGUAACCUGGAAAAGAUGUUCACAAAAUUAGAAGAAAAACAUGCUGACACAGAGAAGGAGAAAGAAAACACAGACAAUCAAGUAGAAGAACUCCGUGCUUCAAUUUUGGUGCAAAAGGAAAAACAUGCUAAUCAUAAACACUUGAGUGAAGUCCGACUGACAAAUUUGGAGAAUCUGUUUCAUGUGCUACAGGAAGAACUGCGGUUGGGAAGGAUAGAAUUUGAAAAAGAAGUUGACAAAGCUGUAAAUGCUCAAAUCGAGAUGUUCAUUUUGCAAAGUUGUAUAGAAGAUCUGGAGCAGAAGAACUUGGCCCUGUUAGCUGAAUGUGAAAAGCAUGUUGAGGCAUCAAAAUUUUCUCACAAAGUUAUCUCUGAAUUGGAGACUGAAAAUUUUAUGCAACUGAUGGAAGAAGAGUUUCUGUUACAUGAAAUUAGAAAGUUUAAAAUGGCUAUUCAUCAAGUGUGUGGGGCUCUUCAUAUUGAUCCAUAUGGUGGGCAUGACAAAGGAAUCAAGCAACAGGAAAUACCAAUAUCACAUGUUUUGGACAACAUUGAGGGCUUGAAAAGUUCUUAUGUGAAAAGCCAAGAGGAGAAGCAGCAGUUGCUUCUAGAGAAUUCUGUCAUCCUAACUUCACUUCAGCUACAUCGAUCUGAGAGGGAAAAACUGGAGUCAGAGAAAAAGGUCAUGGAGCAAGACUUUGAGAACAUGAGAGAGAAGAAUGUAAUGUUGGAGAGAGAGAAGGUUGAACUUCUAAAGAAGAAUAGGCAACUGAGGACUAAAGUGGCCAAUGGAGAAGAAAAAGAUAAUGUAUCAAUGUCCAAAUUGGCGGCUAUGCAUGCAGAGUUAAUAGACUUGCAGAGAACAAAUCACGUGUUUCAGGAAGAAAAUAGUAAGAUGCUGGAGGAGAAAAAUUCACUGCUUAGGAGUGUUUCGAACCUCAAAGAUGCAAUGUCUGCUGCUGAAGAUGAAAACAGUGUAAUCCUCCAUGAGUUACUAGCUCUAAGCAACCUCAACUUGGUUUAUGAGAGUUUUCUCACCCAAAAAGUCAUUGAACAAAAAGCACUUUCUGAACAUCUCAGCAGCAAUCUUAGCCGUUUAAAUGGUGACCUCAAUCAGGAACUUGGUGUGUUAAGGAAGAAUUUUGAGGUGAAAGAAGCUGAGAAUGUUUAUCUGAAUGAGUCUACUAAGAGGAUGGAUAAAGAGCUGCGGGAAAUCAAAAAUGCAAAUUGCCGUUUAAGUCAUCAAGUUGAAAAUUCAGAGAAUCUUCUCAAGAAGAAAGAUGUAGAGCUUCUAGAAAUCGUGAAAAGGCUAAAAGCUGCAGAGACAUUGAAUGAGGAGUUUUGCAGAUCUAUUGAGGAGAUGAAGAUGAGUCAAGAAAAAUCAAGAUUGAUCAGAGAAAACCAAGACAGGCAGAUUCUUGAACUAUCAGAAAAUUAUAUGAAUCAGAAAGAAGAAAUUGAGCACCUUAAUGAAGAAAAUAGAAGUUUUCAGUCUCUGAUGAGGUCAUUACGUCAUGAAGUUGAACAACACAAGGUUAGGGAGCAAACACUGAAUUCAGAGUUGCUGUACAAAAUAAAUGAAUUCCAACUUUGUGAGGCUGAGGCAGCAGCAUUCUAUUUGGAGCUUCAGAUUUCAUCCAUUAGUGAAGAACUGUUGAAAAGUAAAGUCACCGAGCUUACUGAAGUUUGCCAGAGAAUCGAUGAUGAGAAUGCUGCUAAAAGCUCAGUCAUUGAACAGAUGAUAGAAAGAAUCGGUGUACUGGAAAAUGAAAUUAGAGGACUGAAAGGGCAGUUAUCUGCAUAUACUCCUAUGAUUACUUCUUUGAAAGAGGAUUUUGCAUCUCUAGAGCACACUUAUUUUCUUUGGACCAGUAAAACUUUUGCUCAAGGCAACAGAGAACCAAAGGAUGUAGGGACGACUGAGACCUGUCUCCAAGAACAUAGCUAUCAAAGUUUAAGAGGAAAUGAAAGUACCUUAAUACCAGAUGGGGUUGCUGAUUUGCUGAACAUGCAGACAAGGAUUGCAGCAAUUAAGAAGCUAAUGAUGAGAGAACUUGAAAGAAGCGUGAAGGAGGAAAAUCUGAUGGCUAAUGUUGAAGCAGAAGCUGUAACAGAAAUGAUUGAGGAUUCAAAUUUGGAAGUUGCCACAUAUCCAAAAUUGGUGGUGAAAAUUAAGAAAGACAACAGCACAAGAGACCGUAAUGCAUGGAGAACAAAGUCUCAAAAAAGGUUUAUAAUGAAAGACAUUCCUCUUGAUGACUACAAGGAUGAUCCAGACUCCAACAAGUAUUACAAGAGAGAGCACAGUAGGAGGAGGGAUGAUCUGCUUGAGUUAUGUGAAAUGGAUCAUCAUGAUGUCACUGAAGAAAAUAAACAGGAUUCUGCUUCAAUAGAGGAUGUAAUUACAUGCCAUCUGUUGGAAAAAUAUCAAAAUUACUCAUCAGAAUUGGAGACAGAGAAGGAAUUGGGUGUUGACAAACAGGAGUUGUGGAAGAUUAGAAAACCAACAACAACAAGCGAAGACGGAAAAAGGAAGAUCUUGGAGAGGCUUGCCUCCGAUUCUCAGAAAUUGGCCAUUCUUAAAAUGACACUGCAAGAUUUGAAAAAGAAACCUGAGACAAAGAAGAAAAGCAACAUGGUAAAUGAGAUUGAAUAUGAAACAGUGAAAAGACACAUAGAAGAUGUCGAGGAAGCUGUCAUGCAACAAAUAGGCAUAUAUGAUCAACUGGCAAAGGAUAUUGAAGAGUGCACAUCCUCAUCUUCGGACACAAUGCAGUUGGAAAAACAAGGAAACACACAAAGAAAAAGGGUAACAGAACAGGCUCGAAGAGGUUCUGAACAAAUAGGAAGGUUGCAGUUUGAGGUGCAGAACAUACAAUAUAUUUUGCUAAAACUGUCUGAUGUGAAGAACAACAAAGGCAAAAACAGAAUCUCUAGACCAACAGGUGUGUUGCUGAAGGACUUCAUUCGCAUUGGAAAGAAAAAUAGCAGAAGGCGCCGCAAGGGGUGUGCUUGUGGAUGUUCAAGGCCUUCAACUAAUGAGGACUAAGUCAUGUUGUGAGAACUUUUUUCGUUUGGGAUGUUUCUACAAUAACUAGUGUAUCAAUUGUUAACUUAGCUAGUAAAAUUGAAGGUUUUUCAUAAGAAAUAAGAGAUUAUUGAACUUAGGCUUAUCUGAUCAUAGCAACUUCUUUCACAUCUGUAUGUAAUUGUAUUGAGUGACUUGUAUGAAGAAUUGCAUUGUAACAGUCAAUAAAACUCUACAUGCAAUAAUUAGUUUGCACCGUAUGUUUUCCUUCUUUUCUAAAC